AUGGACAGCAAGUUCAGAAGCCUGCUAACAUCCGAGACGAGAAUUAAAGUCAGCUCGACGUUGGAUAACUCCGUCGGUAAGAAAUGCCUCACCGACGGGGAUCCAGAAACCUGUUGGACGUCGCAGCAAGGGACACCGCAGUCCAUCCAGCUCUCCUUCCCUUCACCAGUGAUUCCGAGGAAAAUUGCACUUACCUUUCAAGGCGGCUUCGUUGGGACAAGGUGUUCAGUUCAAGUCCUACCUAGUCAGAUAGGAUUGGAGAAACCAAAGUGGCAGAGCUAUUCCCAGAUAUUCCCGGAGGACGUUAAUCGCAGACAGAAUUUUGAUCUUCCUGUUGAGCUACUGCAGAACGGCGUAGAGAGUUUGAAGCUAGUCUUCGAGGAGAGUUCCGAUUUCUUUGGUAGAAUUACUGUGUAUGAUUUACAGCUCGAGGGAGAAUGUUUGUAA